CUAAAGACAGACUUGGAAGUAACUCUGCCCCAGAAGAAAUAUAGAGAGAGAGAAAGAGAGAGACAGAGCGGUUUCAGACAGAGAGACUCUGUAGAAACACAUGAAUUGUUUUGGUUUCGUUUUUGUAUGAUAGCUUUCUCUUAACAUCUGAAGAAGAAGAAGAAGAAAGAUAAAAAUAGGUGUUUCGUGAAAAAAAUAGUUUUGAAGGAUCUAUUCUCUGAAACAAGGAGCAGAACAAAGGAUGGAGUUAUCUGAUUGCUCUAACGAAUAUGAGAAGCUUGUUGUACGGAUGAACAUGCCCAGGGUCGUGAUUGACAAUGGAGUUUGCCCUAAUUCAACUGUCGUCAAGAUCGAUAGCGCAAGAAGUCCAGGGAUAUUGCUCGAAUCUGUACAGCUUCUGACCGAUAUGAAUCUCUGGAUUAGGAAAGCUUAUAUUUCCUCUGACGGAAAAUGGAAUAUGGAUGUUUUCCAUGUAAGCGAUCUUAACGGAAACAAAUUAACCGACGAGAACCUAAUCCGUUACAUUGAAAAGUCGAUUGAGACGUCUCAUUACAGUAAAACCGAAGGGUACACCGGUUUAACCGCUCUGGAGUUAACCGGAACAGACAGAGUCGGUUUACUCUCAGAGGUUUUCGCGGUUCUAGCUGAUCUUCACUGUGAUGUUGUCGAAGCUAAAGCAUGGACGCAUAACGGAAGGAUUGCUUCGAUGAUUUAUGUCAAAGACGGUAACUCCGGGACUCCGAUCGACGGAGAUUCUGGCAGGGUCCAACGGAUAGAAGGGCAGUUACGUAAUUUACUAAAAGCAGACGAUGGUUAUCAAAACGACACGAGGACAUGCGUUUCGUAUGGUGGAAACACUCACAUGGAGAGAAGGUUGCAUCAGAGAAUGUUCAUGGACCGUGACUACGAGAAGAAGUUUGAUUUAGAGAAAUCUCCGAUCGUUUCGGUUCAAAAUCUUCCGAAACGUGGUUACUCUGUUGUGAAUUUGCAGUGUAAAGAUCGUUUGAAGCUUUUGUUCGAUGUGGUUUGCACGUUGACUGAUAUGGCUUACAUUGUGUUCCACGCCGCGAUUCGAACGGUUGGAGAAACGGCGUUUUUGGAAUUCUAUGUAAGACAUAGUGAUGGAAACCCGGUUAGUUCAGAACCGGAGAGACAACGUUUGAUCCAAUGUUUACAAGCUGCAAUUGAAAGGAGGACGAUUAAGGGUGUGAAAUUGGAGCUAUGUACUGCGGAUAGACCGGGAUUGUUAGCCGAAGUAACCCGGGUAUUGAGGGAGAACGGUUUAAACAUUGCUAGAGCCGAGAUAUCGACUAAAGACAGUAUAGCGAGGAAUGUGUUCUAUGUGACAGAUGCAAAUGGUAACCUAAUAGAUCCUGAGAUUAUCAAAUCGGUAAGAGAGAAGAUUGGAAUCGAUGAUCUAAGUGUUAAAGAACCGUUUCCGAUUAGUUGCCGAGAAGCAGCUGAGAAAGAACAACAACAAGAUCACCAAGGACGCAAUGGAGGUGGGACAGUGUUGGUGUCACUUGGGAGUCUAGUGAUGAGAAAUCUAUACCAGUUGGGUUUGAUCAAAACACAUUACUAGGAAAUUAAACCGGGUACUAACCGAUCCAUAUAUACCAAUUCAAUCGUGUUUGUUAAUAAACUCACGCGUUUGAAUUGGUGUAUGUGGAGCAGGUAGUGAACCAGUAAAUUCAUUUGGUUUGGGGUGUGGGACAAAUUGGGUAUUAUUAUUUGUACAUAAAGAAGGUGGAAAGUUUGUUAAGAAAUUGGUGGUCGGUCUUCUUCUUGGACCAAUAGCUAGUAGAAGGAUGUUAGGUAGAUCUUGGUAUGUUAGAUUUUUUUCUUUUAUCUGUAUAUAUUUUAUUAUAUAACCUAUGGUUGUUAGAACAUUAGCUUGACAAUAGUAAAGUCAGUGUGUUAUGUAAAUAAUUAUUUAGUUAUGGACUUAUGGGUUAGGGGUUUUACGCAAGUAGACAAGCAGGUCCUACAUGUGUGAAUCUUAUUAAUAUUUUGUUUUGUUUUAU